AUGCCACGCUUGAAUCCCGCUUCUCAGCAAGCGAUCCAGCGACUACGGGCGUAUAAGCCUCCUCCGACGAAUUAUGAUGGCGUGCCUCUCUCUAGACGAGCGGCUGUUUUGGUUCUGCUGUACGCGGACCCCAAGGGCGAUCUGAAAGUGGUGCUUACCAUUCGGGCCAAGACGCUGAGUUCAUAUGCUGGUCAGGCUGCUUUACCGGGGGGGCGAGCAGACACACUGCAAGAAACACCGUUUGAAACCGCCCGUCGCGAAGCACGUGAGGAAAUCGGGCUCGCAGAUCUCAAUGACCAGCUGCCUCGUCCGUUCGCCGUUGAGCAUCUCUGCGAGUUGCCGGCGAAUCUUGCGCGAACCGAACUGGUUGUUCGCCCUUGCGUGGCGCUACUCCAUUCCUAUGACGAGGGGACGGGGGAAAAUGCAGAUCCGGAGGUGUCGUUGAUUCCUAAGCUGGAUGCGCGAGAGGUUGCGGCGGUUUUUACGGCGCCGUUUCAUAAUUUCCUACGGAUGAGAGAUGAGGUUGAGGUUGAAGAGGGGAAUGGAGAUGGGGAGGAGUGGUAUCAGGGUGCCUGGACGGAGUGGCAUCACUCGAACUGGCGCAUGCAUCAAUUCUUUGUGCCGAUCAACAACAACGUUGUCAAGCCUCGUCAUGAUCACGAGCAGGAGCUCGAAGAACAAGAACAUGCAAUCAAAGUAACACGAUACAGGGUAUUUGGGAUGACAGCCCGCAUGCUGGUGGACGUUGCUCGAGUGGCCUACGCAGAGGAACCGGAAUUCGAGCACAACAGCCACUUUGGCGAUGAAGCCAUGAUCGCCAACCUGCGAUCGAUGGGCCGACUGAGUGCGACUCGCACGGCAUCAGAUGAGCUCACACGAGAAACGAUGCAGAAGGCAGCCAAACUGAGUUGA